UUGAUAAAGCUCAUUUCACUCUUGACAAGAGUAUUAUUUGGCCUGAUGCCGCUUUGUGAACGUUUCCUUCUUGAAAUUCGAAACUAGGCCGAGAUAGUCUGACACAUAAGUUGAUCGACAAAUUGUAAAUAUUAUGAGUUUGUCGCAAUAAAGCUGCUAUAUUUGUUCGCGAACCAGAGUACCAGACCACUUGCACGAUGGGCGUACAUUUUAAACACGCGGCGUUUGUGUUAGCGAGCUUACUCAACGUCGUUUUCACAAACGAGAAGAUCGGUAAUGAUGGCAAAACAACGACGACAAAAAGUUCAAACAACGAUGAUAGUGAAGACAUGACAGUUGGGAUAAUCGUCGGACUCAGUUUGACAGUGUUUCUGUGUUGCUUUUUUGGUUGCUUUUUGUGUCGCGCAUAUCACAGAGGAAGGAGCGGUCACGUGCAGCUUCUCAAAAUGGAGAAAUCAAACGGCCUUGAGCACGAUAAAAGUGGAUCUAAGAAAGCGGACACAUCACAUGAUUACGAGGAAGAAGUUUUAUGAUAACACCAUGGCAUCGCAAAUUUGCUGAUACGAAUGUAAAACUUACACUGAGAAACAGUUUGUCGUGAAAGAUUAGAAUUUAUCGAUCUCUCUUCAGUUGUUUAAAAUGGUGUUAUGACUAAUCUAAAGAAAUGUGUAUAGUAUGAAAGACUAGAGCAUUCUUUGCGUGUAGGUGUACAUAGUUAUUUGAAGAGGUAUAUACUUACACUUCAUUAAUGUAGUGAUGUACUAAAUUAAAUUAUGCAAGGGAAAUCCUUAUUAACGCUGACGGUGCAUGUACAGUUUUCUAAGGAAAUUUCCAUUCUGAAAAUUUACAUUGAAAUCCAUUUUCUCGCUUUUCUCUCUA